GAAGAGGCUUAUCAGGAGAGGCGAAGAUCCAGCACAGAUCUUGAGAAAUGUGGCUCCCUUACUUCCUGGUGGCCGUCUUCUUCUGCAGGGUGGAAGGAUCCAUCCCCCUCCCCCAGAAGCUCUAUGGGGAGGUGACGUCCCCUCUAUACCCUAAGCCUUACCCUAACAACUUUGAAACAACCAAGGUGAUCACAGUCCCUCAAGGAUAUAGGGUGAAGCUCAGCUUCUGGCAGUUUGACCUGGAGCCUUCUGAAGGCUGUUUCUAUGACUAUGUCAAGAUCUCCGCUGACAAGAAGAACCUGGGACGGUUCUGUGGGCAGCUGGGUUCCCCACUGGGCAACCCACCUGGGAAGAAGGAAUUUAUAUCCCAAGGGAACAAGAUGUUGUUGACCUUCCACACAGAUUUCUCCAAUGAGGAGAAUGGGACUAUUAUGUUCUAUAGGGGCUUCCUGGCCUAUUACCAAGCUGUAGAUCUCGAUGAAUGUGCUUCCCAACUCAGCUCUGUUGGGGAGGAUCCCCAGCCCCGGUGCCAGCACCUGUGCCAUAAUUAUGUUGGUGGCUACUUCUGUUCCUGUCGUCCAGGCUAUGAGCUUCAGACAGAUGGACAUUCUUGCCAGGCUGAGUGCAGCAGCGAGCUAUACACAGAGCCCUCUGGCUACAUCACCAGCCUGGAGUACCCCUGGCCCUACCCCUCUGACCUGCGCUGCAACUACAGCAUCCGGGUCGAGCGCGGCCUCACCCUCCACCUCAAGUUCCUGGAGCCCUUUGAAAUUGAUGACCACCAGCAAGUACACUGUCCCUAUGACCAGCUGCAGAUUUAUGCCAAUGGGAAAAGCCUGGGCGAGUUUUGUGGCACGCAGAGGCCCCCUGACCUUGACAGCAGCAGCAAUGCUGUAGAUCUGCUGUUCUUCACAGAUGAGUCAGGGGACAGCCGGGGCUGGAAGCUGCACUAUACCACUGAAAUCAUCAAGUGUCCCCAGCCCAAAACACUAGAUGAGUUUACCAUUAUCCAGGACCUGCAACCACAGUACCAGUUCCGGGACUAUUUCAUCGCUACCUGUAAGCAAGGCUACCAGCUCAUGGAGGGCAGCCAGCCACUGCUGUCCUUCACAGCUGUUUGCCAGGACGAUGGUACAUGGCAUCGUGCCAUGCCCAGGUGCAUGAUCAAGAACUGUGGACAGCCCCGAAGUCUGCCUAAUGGAAACUUCAAUUACACCACCACAAAGGGGGUCAACACCUAUCAGGCUUCUAUCCAGUACUACUGCCAUGAACCGUAUUACAAGAUGCAGACAAGAGCUGAAAGCAGUGAAUCCGAACGAGGAAUGUAUACCUGCACAGCCCAGGGCAUUUGGAAGAACGAGCAGGCCGGAGAAAAGAUUCCUCGGUGUUUGCCAGUGUGUGGAAAGCCAGUCAACCCUGUGGAACACAAGCAACGCAUCAUUGGAGGACAAUUGGCCCAGCUGGGCAACUUCCCCUGGCAGGCAUUCACCAGCAUCCAUGGGCGAGGUGGGGGAGCCCUGCUGGGCGACCGCUGGAUCCUCACAGCUGCCCAUACCCUCUACCCCAAGGAACACAACAUGCAAGGCAACGCCUCCGUGGACGUGUUCCUAGGCCACACAAGUGUGGAAGAGAUCACCAAACUGGGAAACCACCCCAUUCGCAGAGUCAGCAUCCACCCAGACUACCGUCAGGAUGAAUCCAACAAUUUUGAGGGGGAUAUUGCCCUGCUGGAGCUGGAAAAUAGUGUCACCCUGGGUCCCAAUCUCCUCCCCAUCUGCCUGCCUGAUAAUGACACCUUCUAUGACAAUGGCCUCAUGGGUUAUGUCAGUGGCUUUGGGAUAACAGAGGGAAGGCUUGCUCAGAACCUCAGGUUUGUCCGUCUGCCUGUAGCUAAGCGAGAGGUCUGUGAAAAAUGGCUCCGGGGAAAAAAGAGGAAUGACGUGUUUUCUCAAAGUAUGUUCUGUGCUGGGGACCCAACUCUAAAGCAAGAUUCCUGCCAGGGGGACAGUGGAGGGGUCUUUGCUGUGAAGGACCCAAACAGUGAUCGCUGGGUAGCCACAGGCAUAGUCUCCUGGGGCAUUGGAUGUGCCAGGGGAUAUGGCUUCUACACCAAGUUACUCAACUAUAUAGACUGGAUCAAGAAGGAGAUGGAGGAGGAGGGGUAAGCCUAGGAUUCAUUAGGUCAGAAUCUAGAGAGCAGGGUG